AGUUCGUUCGCUCGUUGUCCUGCGUUACGGUCGGUGUGCGUGUGCGAGAAGUUUUUUUUUUCGAAUAGAGAGAGUUUUAGGUGAAUUGUUGGAAUAUUUUCGGAACUUUUUCGGACUUUUGAAAGUGAACUGAGUGUAUUGGGAAGCUCAAGUGGUUUUUGAACAUGGUUUCGGAUGGUUACGUUCUGUGAAGAAACGGUUAUUGGGUAGCGGGAAAAUGUUAUCCAAGCUGGAUAUAUAGGCAACUGUUGUGGAAAUUAGUGCAUAUAUCCAGCACCUAGCAUUAUCAUACAACAAAGAAAGAACACAUCAACCGCUGUCUGACGACGUUCCUGGCUCUGUCUCGGAAGUGCAAUCAGCCACAACAUCACAAUCAUUCCACAAUAGACGACGACCAGAGCGCACAGCAACUAAGCACGCACGCACGCACUGACAAACAUACACACACACACAAACAUACUCUGUCAAUUUUGGGAUCACUUUUCAAUGAGAUUUGAUCAAAACAUCCUCCCAUCAAUCGGAAAGAGUACCGAGGACGUCACAAAUACUUCCGGAAAUUCUGCUGGAAGAAUCAUCGACGAAGGCAACGCCAGCGAAGGCGUUAACGCUGGCGGCUAAAGUUGGAAAAGCAGUAGGACGUCCGGACCAUCAGCCGGAAGCCAGUGGAAAACUGCUUUCCGAGAACUACUCCCACCCUCUCGAGUCGGUGACGAAUCCUUGUGACUACAUCGUCAAACCUUUGAUUCAACGCAGAGGAAAAUCCGAAAUGGUGGCCCAUUCCCUACAGCAGGAGGUAAAUUUAUCUCGCCGUGCCUGUAGGAUCAAAGGGCACCACCUGAAUACACAAGACGAAGAAGCAGCAGCAAUAGCAGCAGAAGAAGAAGUUGAAGAAAAACUGACGAAUGGUGCUAAUCAAUCGCCUGUUAGUGAAGAAAUUGCUUUUAAUCGAUGCCUUGUAAAUAGUGAAAGUAGUAGCAUCGGUGAAGAUCUUUUAGGUUCAUGUAAUCCUCAGUUCCGUAGGAAGAAUUCCAGUGGCCACGAGGUCAGGGUGAAAUCGGUGGAUUUCAGUUGUGAUUUGGUUGCGCAAGUUUUCCUGUUAAUUAAGGCACUAGUUAUGGGUAUUUUGCGGGUCGAUGCGAGUGAUAACCGUCGGUGGUCGAAACGUGCCAGCACCAGGAGCAGCAGUAGUGGUUGUUUAAACAAAAAGCUAGUGAAAUUGUGCACUUGGGUGGCUGUGUUGAGUGUUUUCCUGGCGAAUGGUGGUUUCGUGUUAGCUAGGCCCAAUGAUGGCGUGUUGACGGCUGGUGAAAGAGCGUCGGCAGCGGCAUCCGAGCAGUUGGCGGCAGCCGCCCUGCUUACGCCACAACCGGGUAGGCAUUUCGGUUCUCUGGGACCGAGUGAAAGUCAAUUCAAGCGUUCCGCUGAGUUAGCAUCUAUUGUAUCGUCAACAGUGUCAUCGGAUGGCGGCGAUGAUGGCGGCGGUGGUGGCUCACUCAGUGCCGCCACACAGGACGACAUCGCCGAUGGAGAACAUGGCCACGGGAGCCGCGAAGGUGGUCACGAGGUGGAACGAUAUCCGGUCGCACAGGUGGAAUUUUCCCGUGUCGAAACACCAUUCGUGAUCGGUGUCUGGAUUCUGUCGGCCAGUAUUGCGAAAAUCGGUUUCCACAUGACGCCGAAGCUGAGCAAAAUGUUCCCCGAGUCCUGCCUGCUGAUCGUGGUGGGUGUCAUCAUCGGUGUGCUGUUGCGGUUUGCCACCAACCUGCACGUGUCCCCGCUGACGCCAAACACGUUCUUCUUCUACAUGUUGCCACCCAUUAUUCUCGAUGCGGGAUACUUUAUGCCAAAUCGGAUGUUCUUCGACAACAUCGGUACUAUCCUACUAAUGGCUGUGAUCGGUACAAUAUUUAACAUUUCUACAAUUGGUUUUUCGUUGUGGGCGUGUGGACUGACCGGCAUUUUCGGAGUGGAUCUGCCAUUUUUGCACGUAUUCCUGUUCUCAUCGCUGAUUUCCGCUGUCGACCCGGUGGCGGUGCUGGCAGUGUUUGAGGAAAUUCACGUCAACGAAGUACUGUACAUCGUCGUGUUUGGCGAAUCGUUACUAAACGAUGCUGUCACUGUUGUUAUGUAUCACAUGUUCGAGUCGUACAAUGAGAUUGGUGCGAGCAAUAUCCAGGUAGUGGAUAUUGUUUCCGGUGUUGCGUCGUUCUUUGUGGUUGCCCUUGGUGGCACCAUCAUCGGUGUAAUCUGGGGCUUCCUUACCGGGCUUGUCACGCGGUUCACCGAUCACGUUCGAGUCAUCGAGCCAAUCUUCAUCUUUGUGAUGGCUUAUCUGGCGUAUCUGAAUGCUGAAAUCUUCCACAUGAGCGGCAUCUUGGCUAUCACCUUCUGCGGCAUCACGAUGAAGAACUACGUCGAGCAGAAUGUGUCGCACAAAUCGCACACCACCAUCAAAUACGCACUUAAAAUGCUGUCGUCCUCGGCCGAAACGAUUAUCUUCAUGUUCCUGGGCGUGGCCACCGUAAACAAUCGGCACAUUUGGAAUACCUGGUUCGUCAUAUUGACAAUAGUAUUCUGUUCCGUUUUUAGAAUUAUAGGUGUACUAAUAUUAUCAGCGAUGGCAAAUCGAUUUAGGAUACAUAAAUUAUCUAAAGUAGAUCAAUUUGUUAUGUCUUAUGGAGGCCUUCGAGGUGCUGUGGCGUUCGCUUUAGUGCUACUGGUUUCAACGGACCACAUUCCGCUGCAGCCGAUGUUUGUGACGACCACGAUUGCGGUCAUCUACUUUACGGUGUUCCUGCAAGGUAUCACUAUCAAACCAUUAGUCAGGGUACUGAACGUGAAACGCGCCAACAAACGGAAACCAACGAUGAACGAGCGAAUUCACGAGAGGUUUAUGGAUCACAUGAUGGCGGGUAUCGAAGAUGUCGUCGGUAAAACGGGCAAUUACAACAUUAGGGAUAAGUUUAAGAGAUUUGACAAUAGGUUCAUUCGUCCAUACCUGAUUAAGAAUUUACAGGGUCCUGAACCAAAAAUUUUAGAAACCUAUUCUAAGCUAACGAUGCGCGACGCGAUGGACUACAUGCGCCGGAACCCGUCCACGAUCGGUCAGAUGUCCGGCACCGAAUCGAUGAGCGCCCUCUUCCGAAACUAUACCAGCGUUUUUGGUGGAAGGUGCGGGGCCUCAUUCUUGAACACAUGCCCAAGCUUUUCCAAUUUCGAAAACUCCACUCGUAACUUGGACAUGCAAGAGCUUGACUACAAUCCGUCUAAGAAGGAUUUGACUGAUGCCAGAAUCCAUCACCUGCUAUCGGUGGAACUGAAACCAUACCGAAGGACACGAAGACUGAGCUACAGUCGCCAUGCAGUGGACGACCGAGACUUGUCAACUCAGCAGGUUAACUACAAGAUGCAGAUGAACAUCCGUCGGAUGAUCAGUGAGAAGAAACACAAGCGAAGUAAGCGUGUCAAGGACGGCAAACAGCAAAAUCACGUGUCGUUCCCCGAGCUCCCGCUGAACGGAUCCGCCAAACAGUUUGCCAACGACUACAUCAACGAAGUUUUGCACGAAGAUAACGAGGACGAGGAGAAGAUGGCAACUGCUACCGGUGACGACUGGGACGGUGGCGGCUUGACAUUCACCGCGAAAUCCUCUCUGGAUGAAAAAUCCGAACAACCGAAGGCCGACAAACGCUUAUCGAGGGAAUUGCGAGAUUCGGAAGGGGAAAACCGCGUCACAACGCCCACCGCCAUCGAAGCUGUGCUUCCUUGGAAACGUGUCGACGAGGACGACGAAAAUGGUGCUAUUAAACAGAACGAAUUCCCAUCGUGGGCUUCAAACAAGGAGUAUUUAGCUUAUAAUUCACCAAGUGCAACAUUUUUAGGUGGCCUAACACAACCUAAACAGGCUAAGUCUGUAAUAGGUCUUUUCCGGCGCGAGAGUUCCGGCUCGGGCGGUAUCGUCAUUGGCGGGGUAACGGAUUCCGAGACAUCGACCCCGGUGACGGCGACGACACCAAUCGGCCGCGUCAAGAAGGAUAAACGAUCGGCCUCGAUCGCCGGCUACAUCACGUUCCCUGGUUCGAGCGAAGCCGCCGGUGAUGAUCCGCUGGGAGUUUCGAAGGCGGUCGUGCCCCACGCCAAUGCCUUCCCGGUUACGGCCAGCCACCGGCGCAACAAUCGACGUGGCUCGAUGCUGGAGCUAAGCGGACUACUAGUGACCGGACGACGACCAAGCCGUUUUGGGUUGGAACCUUUCCCAGCUCCUCCGCUCGAGGAUGACGAAAAAGUCCAGGAAUCGAAGAAUUAAAUCCUAUCAAUCCUUUUCCCGGGACAUCCGGUAGAUUUUAAAAACUGAUUCACACUGCUUUCGACCAACGACCAACACUCCUUGAAAAGCAUUUCAACUAGUUCAUGUCAUAGUGACGUGGGAGCUGACGAACUAUAGCAACGAAUACUAAAAAAAAAACCUAGAAAAUUUCCGUUUGGAUAUGUGUGCGAGAUGCUUUCUUUGCGAGGCGUUCUGACGAUAUAAGAAAGGAAUAUUGUUUUUAGAAUUAGCAUAGAAAUACGGACAACAAUACAGUUAGGAAUCAACCAUACAAGUCAGGGCUACAUUCCAGUCAUUGCAUGUUGAGAGGAUCCACAAUCAAUAACCAAGAAGGAGUUGGAUUAUUGUGAACCAAUGGGAACCAAUAGUGGUCUAAGUUGCAUCCCUUACAUCCUCACUAAAGUCAAGUGCAUGAAUAACUUAAUUUAUGGUAUUAUUAUUGGAUAUGGUAUUGAUAUUCCGAAAUGAAACUAAACGAUGCAUGCUCGUAGCGUAAAUAUUGAUAUUGUACUUAUGAUUUUAAAUGCAUUAUUAAAAAUGUAGAUCUAACGGUAGACUAGAUUUGAGAAGACGGAACCUAACGAUUUUAACUAACACCAGGUUAACAGUAAUGAUCAGUCCGUAGCGAAUAGCUAGCUGUACAGUAAAGUUAACCGAAGCACUUCUUCUAAUCUGAUAUAAUCUUUUCCAAUGCAGAGACUUAUUUUCCGUAACCUUUUUUAACGAGCCACUAAUUAAGUUAACCAUUUAAUAUCGCUUAUAUAUUUCUCCGAAACAGGUACAACACAUCCAACUAUGUCGAUUUUACUCUUGUCUCCCAUCGUCGCUUGUCGAUGAAAUGCUGGUACAUUUUGCUAACUUAUUGCAACUUAACACUUCUCUUCAUAAACUUCCUCUAAUCGAAAUGUUACCAACUUCAAACCCAAUAACAACAAAAUUACCAAAAAUCAUACAUCCACUAUUUAACCUUAGAGAAGCGAUCUUAGCGCAAAGCAAACGCAUUCCACUCAUGCAAAUCUCUUCCUCGCCCAGCUGGGGGAGGAGCGGCACAAUUAGAGCAUCAAAUUGAUUUCACUAUUUUUAGAUAGAGUCAAAAAUCUUAGAAACAAAAACAAAUACCCCCACGUGCGCGAGUUGACCUUAACUCAUCCUUCAACGCUCAACAAAAUCCAUACCUCCACAUAUGUGCCUUAAUCUGCUCCAUCUCCACCUAGACCUAUUAGACGACCCAUUUAACAUAAGUUACCUAAGUUCAAUUCUCACGGCUCAAACAGAGGCUAAUUGCGCGCUUACGAAGCAUGCUAAAAAUUGAGAUCUACAUUUUUAAGAACCACAUGCCAUUCCGGGGCUUUUGCAUUCGUAAAUUCUACUAAUCUGCAUCGAGUAUUAUUAUCUAGAACACAAAUAUGUAUUCCUGCAUGGCUUUUAACAGUACUUCCGUAUGAUAAGCAAGGUAUUAGUGUUAAAAGUGUAUUUAUUUAUUGGUACGGUUCCCAGCAAUUGGUGAAGACAUUUUGUUGUUUCCUUUAUUUUUAUUUGUUUGUUAUUUUGAAUCGAUAGUUGAUUAAUCAGUAAAGUAUAUUAAUCGCAGUCUCCAAUUAACUUCGAUGCGAUUGGCAAAAUUGACGCACAUUGAUAUACUUUGCCAGUUGUUGUAGAUAUUAACCUAUUUACCCAGUGCAAUCUGCUAGCUUAAAACAAAUGGUAUAUAUUCAUAUUUUAUAGUAGUUGUUGAAGGUUAUUAAUAAACGGUUGAAGAGAAAUUCAAUUGCCCGUA